AUCGGAAAGAAUGGCCGUGGCCUCUCCAACCAGUAGUCUCUAGAAACCGGACCGGGACCGGCCCGGCCCUAUACCACUCUCGGGACUCGGAUUAUAUGCAACAGAUGAACCGAAAAGGCCGUUCUCUCUCGAAGGCGAAAUCUGCUGUUAUAGUAGCUUCGAAGGGCUACGAUCCCUCAUCCGUAAGGCGAUUCGCAGAUCUUUGAUGCCUAUUUCACAUGGUUUUUCAUAUGCAAAUUGAGCCAGCAUUGUAAGGAUUAGGGUUACAGUUUUUAUGAAGUGAUGUCUGUGAACAACAGUAAUCUCCAAAAGAACUCUGGUGUAUCUUCCCCCUUUGGAAAUAUCAUACCACCAAAUCCUAAUCCCCAUCUCCAGUCACAGUCCCAACCUCAACAACCGUCUGGAUCUCCCUUUACGAGCCAGUUUCAGCUCUCCCAUUUUGCUGCAGCCCAUGCCCAUGCCCAAGCCAUUGCUCAAGCCCAGUCAAAAGCUCAAGCCAAAGCUGCAGCUCAAGCUCAAGCUAACCAUGCUCAAUUCCAAGCCCAGCUGCAAGCUCAAGGACUUGCUAUUAAUCAAUCCCAUGGACCUCUGGCUACUAAUUCACCAUCCUUUCCGGGAUCUGGCAAUGUGAGCACCAAACCUAUGCCGCAGAAGUUGCUUGGGCGGCCACCUGGAGUGUCAAAUUCUAAUGCCUAUUCUCCCAUGAGGAUGAUGGAGCUUACACCAGCUGGCCGUAAAAAGAAGCAGAAGCUUCCAGAUAAGCAGUUACAAGAUCGAGUGGCUGCAAUUCUGCCACAAUCUGCUUUAUACACGCAGCUCCUUGAGUUUGAGUCGCGAGUUGAUGCUGCUUUGGUGAGAAAGAGGAUAGACAUUCAAGAAGCUACUAAAAACCCACCUUGCAUUCAGAAAACCCUUCGAAUAUAUAUUUUCAACACAUUUGCUAAUCAGGUUCUUACAAUUCCCAAGAAGCCGAAUCCUGAGCCGCCUACUUGGACAAUGAAAAUAAUAGGGAGAAUAUUGGAAGAGGGAAUGGAUCCUGAUCAGGCUGGGAUGAUCUCAAAACCAAACCCCAUGUACCCAAAGUUUUCAUCUUUCUUCAAAAGAGUUACUAUUUCAUUGGACCAAAGACUCUAUCCUGAUAACCAUAUGAUUGUGUGGGAUAGUUCUAGAACACCAACACCUCAGGAAGGGUUUGAAGUCAAAAGGAAAGGGGAUAAGGAAUUCUCUGUGAAUAUACGGUUGGAAAUGAAUUAUAUGCCUGAGAAGUAUAAGCUUUCUUCUGCUCUAAUCGAAGUUCUUGGAGUUGAAGUUGAUACCCGGGCAAGAAUUAUUUCUGCAAUCUGGCAAUAUAUCAAGGCUAGGAAAUUGCAGGAUACAAACGAUCCUUCCUAUUUUCAUUGUGAUCCACCACUUCUGAAAGUAUUUGGGGAAGAAAAAAUGAAAUUUUCAAUGGUCUCGCAGAGGAUUUCAAGCCAUUUAUCUCCACCACAACCUAUACAUUUGGAGCAUAGGAUCAAGCUUGUGGGAAACAGUCCAACUGGAAAUGCAUGUUAUGAUGUAUUGGUGGAUGUGCCGUUUCCAGUACAAAAGGAAUUGAAUGCUUUAUUGGCAAACACUGAGAAAACCAAGGAGAUUGAAACCUGUGAUGAAGCAAUAUGUGCAACAAUACGAAAGAUAAACGAGCAUAAAAAAAGGCGGGCGUUCUUUCUUGGAUUCAGCGAGUCACCUGUUGAGUUUAUUGAUGCUCUGAUUGAAUCUCAAGGCAGAGAUCUGAAGUUUCUUGCAGGGGAAGCAAGCCGUAGUGCGGAAAAAGAGCACCGUGCUGAUUUCUAUAACCAACCCUGGGUUGAAGAUGCAGUCAUCCGUUAUCUAAAUCGCAAACCAGCUAUAAACUCCCAUGGAAGGACAUAUUAGUGUGGAGAUCUGCUGAUGGAAUACAGAUAAGUGUCUAUCGAUGCGCCUAUGAACAACUUUUUGUAUCAACGGGAAUUAAAAGCGAGAGGUGCAGUUGCAUAUUUCCUAAGUUGAACCUCUAUAUUUCAUUUUACAUCUGGUUUUCUAGCUUAGAAUGCACUGUAGUUUCCCUGUCACCAUAUGAAAUUCUUUGAACCUAAAUAUACUUUUUUGCUACCUAGAUCUUCA